CCGCUUCCGCCCGCUUGAGACUCAUCUCGCUCUUCCUUGCCCUGGCUGCUGCUCCCCUUUUGGCAUACGAUGUACCAUGUUGCGGUCAGUGCUCAGCCGCGCUCCCUCUUCAGCCCCUCUCGCUCGCUGUCCUACGAAAUCCCCCCGUCUGCACCUGCACAACCUCUCGCGCGUGCAGAGAAAGCCCUCUUGGCAGAAUCUACAAGCUGAGCGUAGUACUACCGCUGCUCUUCCUUUCGUCGACUUCAGCGAGCCUGGUCCGUCUACUCUGCCCCCUACAUCCACACCUGUAUCAUUACACAGCUUCAGGAGCUAUGGUCUCGUAUCCGCAGGCAGCCCAUUACGCUCGCGUCGACGUUCUACCUGCUCGCUCCACCCUUCUUUGAGCCAUGCUCGCGCCUUCCAUUCAACACCCAGGAAUCAACUGAGCCCCUUACCCUUCCUCGGCGCAUUGCUCAAAUCGUCGACCGCUCUAGAGUUUGCACGCAUGACCGCUCGUGUUGGCCUCACGUUUGUGCCCUUGCUCCUGCUCGGGAACAUGAAGUCCAAGAAAGUCCUCCAAAAGGUGGACAAGUGGGGACACCCUGAUGCGGAGAAGAAGAAGGAAGACAUGUUGCGCCGAAUAAAGCAACGCACCAUUCUCUUCCACAUCCUCAUUUUCAUCCCUCUCAUCCUCUACUGGGCGACCAUUAUGGCAAGCUUGGAGCGCACCCCGCUCACGGGAAGGUGGCGAGUCAUCCUCCUCUCCCCCGAAGAAGAGGAAGACAUCGCCGCGCAGCUCGCAGGCCCAGGCUGGUACCGCGCGGUGGGCGAGAUCCUCUCCGCGGACGGAGCGCCCACCAUCAUCCCCCCCUCAGACUGGCGCCUCGUCUGGGUGCGCGACACCCUCCGCCGCCUCGAGAGCGUGAUCCCGACGCUCCAGCACGAGGACGAGCUCUGCCCGCACUGGGCCGACUGCGGGCCCGACGACAUCCCCCUCCCCCCGCCCGCCGAGUACCCCCUGCGCCCGCGCCCGCGGGGCGCCGAGCACCUCCGCCGGUGGGCGGAGCUGACCUGCGCGCGCGUCGCGCCGCCCGCCCCGCACGCGAUCGCGGGCCCGCCGUACUCGCUGCUCCUCGUCGACCGCCCCGACUCGUCGAACGCGUUCUCGUACGGGUUCGGGCCCGACGGCGGCGGGGGCAUCGUCGUCUUCUCGGGCUUCCUCGACGAGGUUCUCUCGCGGCACCCGUGCCCGCGCCCCGAACCGCCCCCACAGUCGUUCCUGUCGCGCCUGUUUGGGCUCGCGCCCCUGCCGCCGGCGCGCCCGGUGCCGACGGAGCAGCAGACGGCGGAGCUCGCGACGCUGCUCGCGCACGAGCUCGCGCACCUCGUGCUCAGCCACCACAUCGAGACGCUCUCGACGGGCUCGAUCGUGUGGCCGAGCGUGCUGUCGAUCGUGACGGACGCGAUCCGCGCGUUCAUCUUCCCCGUGACGAUGUUGUUCGGGCCGUUCAUCAACGAUGCGCUCGCUGGGAUGUGGAAGGCGGGGGCGGGAGAGUUCUCGCAGCUGCAGGAGUUCUGCACGAGCCAGAAGCAGGAGAUCGAGGCGGAUGUCGUCUCCAUCAGACUGCUCGCGCACGCUGGGUUCGACCCCCGCGAAGCGGUGCGCUUCUGGGAGGACCGGAACCUGAAUGCCCAGACGGCGGAGUGCUCGCCCCAGCGCGCCGAGGCCGUCGUCGAACAGGAGACCAGCUCCGCGGCGACGAUCGCGCGGCGGAUCAUGGGCGAGACGCACCCCGUGCACGAGCUCCGCGUCGAGAAGCUCAAGUCUGAGCUCGAGCGGUGGGAGCACAAGCGGGAGGAGGCGCGGCGGGCGCGGGAGCAGCACGCGUAGGCUGAGAAGGGCCAGCGGGCAUGAGCACUUUUGACGACGCGUGAAGGCUGGUGCCUGCGCGAGGGGCUGGCGUGGCGCACCGUAGGGCGGCAUAUGUACAUCCGGACGUGGCGUUGUGCCGCGUCGACUAGAGGGACAAAUCACUUACACACUCCUUUGCUAGCUGUCGAUGAUGUGCUCCGGGCUUUGAUUAUCCGUCUCGUGCUCUCUUUUAUCUUAUUGUACUAGUAGAAUGUGUAGUAGCCAGCAAAGCAUAACUAAACGCUUCUCACUUCCAUGUACCAGGGGUUGAUGGUGUGCGAAUUCUGGUGUCUUAUGGUGGUACCACCGUGAAUCCGUAC